UUGACAAAGUGAGGACGACGAUGGAGAAAAAUACAAAGAGUGAGGUCCAGUCACGGCUGUCAAAGGAAGGCCGUGCUUCCAGAAAUCGCUACCCUAUGAAGUUUGGCUUCAUCUUCCUCUUGGCAGUGUGUGUGUUGUGCUUCAUGCUGUUCAACAAGGACGUCAGCGAUCAGAAUAGCUGCAUGUCAACCCGGAAAGCCUGCAUUUUGAAGGAGUUAAAGAUUACAAACAGGUCUGUGACUCCGAUAGCGACCAUAACACCUAUCAACACCAUCACUCCGUUACGUCCCACUGAGCCGGCCAGCACCUGCUCCUUCCACUCUGCGUCACCUGAAAACGCCACAGAGGUCAACUUGUUGAAGGAGUCCAUCGCCUGGCCUGAAACACCGUCUGUACCGCCUGGCUUUUCCCUGAAUGACACCAGUGAUCCCACUCACAGCACCUUCACCAUUCUCCCACGGAGAGGAGGGGGAAGUUGGCACGUUGGGGAUCAGCUGGAGGUUCUGAUAAAAGUCUCUGACUUCGGCGGUCGCCCCAGGAAGUCUGGGGGAGACUUGCUGUAUGCUCGGCUGCAGAACCGUGCUGUGUUUGCAGGCGUGGCGGGGAAAGUGUUUGAUCAUCGCAAUGGUUCCUACACCGCUGUGUUCUCUUUACUCUGGGAAGGAGACGCACAAGUUGAGGUGACCCUGGUUCACCCGGGUGAGGCGGUCACCGUUUUGGAAAGACUGACCCAAGAGCAGCCUGACAGAAUUUAUUUCCGAAGCAUCUUUCGCUCAGGCUCCAUCAAGGAAAGUACUACAUGCAACGUGUGCCUCAAGGCUCCCAAGCAGAAGCUGUGCAACUACACUGACCUCCACACGGGGGAGCCCUGGUUCUGCUACAAGCCAGAGAAGCUGAACUGUGACACCAGGAUCACCCACUCCAAAGGAGGAUUCAGACAAAGAGUAAAGCCCAUGGAACAGCAGCUCUUUAAAAGCGGUGUCAAUAUGAAAGUCUCCAUUCCGGCAUCAGGACCUUCCAGCAUCAACAUUCUACCAGAACUAAAAGGUGGAAAGAAUGAAAACAUGAAGACCGGUCCUGCUGGUUAUUACUACCACGGUGUGUGGCGAACACUAGAUGGCACCACAGUCCGUCAGUUUAACAACGCCACAGCAAUCAGCCAGUGCCUGAAAGGGAAGGUGCUCCACCUGUACGGAGACUCCACCAUCAGGCAGUGGUUUGAGUAUUUGACCUCAACAACACCAGAUCUCAAGAUGUUUGACUUGAAAAGUCCAAAGCAAACUGGACCUUUCAUGGCCUUGGAUUAUAAAAACAACAUCUUAGUGACGUUCCGGUGCCACGGGCCUCCCAUCCGUUUCAGUAACCUGUUAGUCAGUCAGAUGCGUUACAUUGCCAGUGAACUGAAAGGUUUGGUUGGCGGCACGAACACUGUGGUAGUAAUCGGCAUCUGGUCGCACUUCAGCACUUUCCCCGUUGAGGUUUACAUCCGGCGCCUGCUGAGCAUACGGAGGGCAGUAAGGCAACUGCUGACCAGAGCUCCAGGUACGCUGGUCAUCAUCAGGACCGCGAAUCCCAAAAUGCUAACACUCUCCGAGACUCUGACCAACAGUGACUGGUUUUCAAUUCAGCGUGACAAGAUACUCAGAGCCAUAUUCAAAGGGGUGAAUGUGAAACUGCUGGACGCCUGGGAGAUGUGCUUGGCCCACCACCUGCCACACAGCCUCCACCCACAGCCUCCCAUCAUAAAGAACAUGAUUGAUGUCGUUUUGUCCCACACCUGUCCCCCUGGUGAGAGUUUUAAAGGGGCAAUCAAACAGUCGAAAAAGAAAUUGAAAAGCAGGUUAGGACCUCAUAAAAAAGCAACUAUGCAGUCAAAGUCUAUUUCCAGUGCGAUGUCUACCACAACAGAAAUGCCAACCAACAGUUCAGAUGAUGGAGUUAUUCAUUAAAUAAACAGAAGUAAAUUAAGUACAUUUAACACUGGCAUGUUUGAAUUAAAAAGAUUUUCUUAUACUAAGAUCU